AUGGUUAGGGAGAAUGGUAUCCAGGUUGAUGACGAGAAGAUCAAAGAAAUUCUUGAUUGGCCAACUCCAAAAACAGUCUCUGAAGUUCGAAGCUUCCAUGGUUUGGCCACUUUUUACAGGAGGUUUGUGAGGCAUUUCAGUUCCAUUGUCGCACCUAUUACUGAAUGUUUGAAGAAGGGCAGGUUCAAUUGGGGAGAAGAGCAACAAAAAAGUUUUGCUCUUGUAAAAGAAAAACUUUGCACCGCUCUGGUUCUAGCUCUUCCAAAUUUUGAGAAGGUGUUCGAAGUUGAAUAUGAUGCCAAUGGCGUGGGAGUGGGAGCUGUGUUUUCUCAAGACAAGAGACCAAUUGCUUUCUUUUCUGAAAAGUUGAGCGACGCUCGUCAAAAGUGGAGUACUUAUGACCAAGAAUUUUAUGCAGUUAAAUUCUCAUUCGUUAUCAAGCAUACUUCUGGUACCUCAAAUCAUGCGGCUGACGCACUGAGCAGAAGGGAUUUAUAUGAAGAUGAUGAUGAUUUCAAGGAAAUAUGGGCUAAAUGUGCUAACCAUGAGCCAAUGACAGAUUUCUUUCUUAAUGAAGGGGAGAAGCUCAUUCGGGAUUUGCACGGAAGAGGGUUGAGUGGCCACUUAGGCCGCGAUAAAACAAUAGCAGGAUUGGAAAAAAGAUUUUAUUGGCCACAGUUGAAGCGUGAUGUUGGAACAAUUGUGCGCAAAUGUUUUAUUUGUCAGGCAGGAUCUUGCUAUCAGCUACCUAAAGGCCAGAAAACUAGUAUUGCAGCGGGAAAAUUGGCUGAAGAAGUGGUGGCUAUUCGUGAUGAAGUGAAGCAAAAACUUGAACAAGCUAAUGCUAAGUACAAAGUCGUUGCAGACAAGCAUAGGCGAGUUAAGGUGUUUCAAGAAGGCAAUUCUGUGAUGGUGUUUCUGAGGAAGGAGAGGUUCCCUGUUGGCACAUAUAGCAAGCUGAAGCCUAAGAAAUAUGGUCCUUACAAGGUGCUGAAAAGAAUCAAUGACAAUGCCUAUGUUAUUGAAUUACCAGAUUCCAUGGGAAUUUCCAAUACUUUUAAUGUUGCUGAUUUGUAUGAGUUUCGUGAAGAUGAAACCCUUUAUCCUGAACAUAACUCGAGGUCGAGUUCUUCGGAGGUGGAGGGGGCUGAUGUAGAACAAAUGGCUGAAUGGAUUGAAGAAGAAUUGGAGUGA